CAGCAAGAUCCCGUCACACCCAGCUCUGAGAAAUACACAGCUGAAAGCUUUGAAGAAGGCUGUGAGAAAUACAAACGGAACCAAGAUGGAUGCACUGACUAAUGCUUGCACCAACUUUUCACUUGAUUUGUUCAGAAAAUUAUGUGAAAGUAACAGCACAGGGAACAUUUUCUAUUCUCCAAUAAGUAUCACAACUGCACUGGCCAUGAUUUACAUGGGGACUAAAGGUAAAACCGCUGAGCAAGUAUCAAAGGUUUUACAUGUUGACAAUAUUAAGGAUGUCCAUUCUAAUUUUCAAACACUGAAUGCUCAGAUUAAUAAGAAAGCUGGCUCCUCAUAUACACUGAAUCUGGCUAACAGACUGUUUGGUGAAAAGACAUUUGACUUCUCUUCUGAGUUUUUAUCUUCUCUGCAACGUCUGUACCAGGCAAAACUAGGCACUGUUGACUUCUUAACUGCAUAUGAAGCUGCUAGAAAAGAAAUCAAUGCUUGGGUUUCAGAGCAAACAAUGGGAAAGAUUCCAGAAGUGCUGUCUGAAGGAUCAGUGGAUCCAACAACCAUUUUAGUGCUAGUGAAUGCUAUAUAUUUUAAAGGGGACUGGGCUGAAAAAUUCAAUGUGCAACAAACAGCUGAUGCUCCAUUCAGGUUAAGCAAGAAUGAGCAGAAGACAGUAAAAAUGAUGUAUCAGAUGAAAAAGUUUCCCUUCAACUAUGUCCCAGAAAUUAACUGUCGUAUCCUGGAGCUCCCAUAUGUGGACCAUGAACUCAGCAUGAUUAUUAUAUUGCCUGACAGCAUUGAAGAUGAUACCACUGGCUUACAAAAGCUUGAAAGGGAACUGACUGUUGAAAAGUUCAAGGAGUGGACACAGCCAGAAAAUAUGCAUCCUAUAGAUGUCCAUGUUCACCUGCCCAAAUUUAAGCUGGAAGAUAGUUACAAGCUGAAACCGGUGUUAUCUGCUCUAGGGAUGGUGGAUAUCUUUAAUGCAGGUUGUGCAGACCUCUCAGGAAUGUCAGGAUCCAAAAAUCUUUUCUUGUCCGAGGUGGUCCACAAGACAUUUGUGGAGGUGAAUGAAGAAGGUACAGAGGCAGCUGCUGCCACUGCUGGUAUUGCUAUGAUGUGCAUGCUACGUGAAGAGGAUUUUAAUGCCGAUCACCCCUUUCUAUUCUUUAUUCGUCAUAAUAUUACUGGGAACAUACUUUUUACUGGCAGAUAUAGUUCCCCUUAAAGUGGUUAAAAUUGCAAUUACAUUUUUUAAGUGUGUUUCAGUUUGUCUUGUAAUAAAUCACAGACUAUGAAGAGUUGACCAUUGUUCUUG